AUGUUGUUUCCCUUCUUCGUUACGACGAUUAAAGGAAUCAACACCCAAAUGAUAAGACAGUAUAUGCAAUUUGGGCAAUGGUAUGCAGCUUACCAGGAAUGUAGCAAUAUUGUUAACUCAAACAAAGCCGAUAACGAAGUCUAUCUUCUCAGAGCGCAAUGUGCAUUUAAUUUAGGAUUUUCGAACGACACAAUACACGAUUCAACAAAGGUUAUUACAUACUCUCUUAAAAAAGACGAAAUAAAUACAGCGUAUAAUUUAAGAUUUCACGCCCACAUAUUAAAUGGCGAUGCAAAGAAUGCUGAAGCCGAUCUACGAAAACUGAAUGAUAAGUCUAAAAAGGAAACCGUAACCCAAUUAAAUAAUUUAUUGAAAAAAGUCGAAACCUUUUCAAAGAAGAAUAAAGAACAAGAAUUAAUAGUUGCUCUCGACGAAAUACUUAAAAUAUCUCCUAUGUAUAUUCAUGGCAUAUAUUUACGCACCGACCUUGCCUGGAAAAAUGGUGAAAUGAAUGUAUAUCAAAAGCAUAUCCGCAUUUUAGCGGACAAAUACCCUGAUGAUGGCGAGCUCCAGUAUAGAUACGGUAUUUCCAUCUUCUGUAAUGGAAAUACUAAGGAAGGUCGAGAACAUAUCCAAAAAAUUAGAAGAAAACAAGGAGUUCCAUCAAAUAUCAGCAAAAUUUUCAAUUCACUUUCAUCAAUAACACGAGAAUUUGAUGCAGCAAAUAAGAAUAUUGAAGAAAAUAACUCAACAAAUUUAAUUUCUUCAGUAAAACGUUUAAAUAAGACAGUUCUUAACAUAUGUCCUUCAAAAUCCAAUUUAUAUUAUAAAGUAAGGGUUCUUUCUUCCACUUCUUUGCGUCUAGAAGGUCUUAAUCAGCAAGCUUUGAAAUCUAUUAAUUCUAUCCUUUCAGAAAAUCAAAAUUUACCAUCUGCUUUUGUUGAAAGAGGGAUGAUAAUGCUUAAACUCGACGAUCCAGAUGCAGCUGCUUAUGAUUUCAGACAGUGUUUGACAAUUGAUCCAGGAAAUCAAGAUGCUAUGAAAGGAAUGAAACAAGCUGAAGAACUAAAAACAAAAGCACAAAGAAUAGAUCUGUAUAGAUUGCUUGGUGUCCCUAAAACAGCAACAGAUGAAGAAAUCAAAACUGCUUUUAGAAAAUUAGUGCGAAAAUGGCACCCAGACCAAUUUUCGGAUAAACAAAAGAAAGAAGAAGCUGAAAAAAUGAUGGCAGCAAUUAAUGCUGCUUAUGAAGUUUUAAUUAAUCCCCAACAACGAGCGAAGAUUGAUGGGAAUGAUGAGGAGCCGGGUGUUGAUCCAUUUGAUUUGUUCCAAAAUCAAAUGGGCGGUAAUCCUUUUGAGUUUUUGCGCAAUAUUAAUUUUAUGUUUAAUUAA